UGGCCUCCGAAGGAGUCUCCAUCAGGCCUCCCGCUCGACUCAGAUCGCCGCCCCGCCAUCAUCACCAUGAUCGUUCAAUGCCGGUCCGCCUGCUCGUCCCCGAGCGAGCCGCCCCGGCCCAUUAGAGGGGGCCGCCGCCGCCCAGCCAAUCAAAAGGCAGCCGGGUCCAGUUGCCGGGAAGGAUAUGCUAAUGAGGCCACGCCCGGUCUGCGGCUCCCACUCUGCGGCGGGAAGAACCACCUGGAGGCGACGGGGGGGGUUUGAUUUCCAUCCCCCCCGGGGAGGGCGGAUCGGAGAGCCGCCGACCAGCCGGCUCCCCUCCGCACAAGUCGUGGCCACCCUAGGCAGUCAUCACCACGUCCACUCGCAUCUGCCAGGGACAGAUGACUCCCUUCCAUCCAGGCCUGCUGUAGGUGUCCGCCGCUGCCAACCCGAGGUCCCCCACCGGGGACGAGAUGGACCCCAAAGCCGAAGGCUCACAGGUGUGGGCUGCAGCUGCGGAACAUGAGCAGAACGCGGCACAGGUGCAUUUUGUUCCCGAAGGCGGGACGGUGGCUCAGAUUGUGUACGGUGACGAUCAGGGCCGCCCUUCCCAGCAGGUGGUCUACACAGCUGAUGGCACCUCUUACACCUCAGUGGACGCCCCGGAACACACACUGGUUUACAUUCAUCCCGUGGAAGCCACCCAGACUCUGUUUACAGACCCGGGCCAGGUGGCCUAUGUCCAGCAGGAUGCCACAGCUCAGCAGGCAUCCUUACCAGUGCACAAUCAGAUUUUACCUCCUAUGGAGGGAGAGGAUGGUUCUGAUCCGCUAGCGCCUUUGCAGAACCCCAUGGGUAGGCUGGAGGCAAAAGAGGAAGAUGAUGACGACGACGAUGAUGAGGAAGAGGGGGAAGACACGGAUAUGGAUGAAUGGGAACCAGAUCCACCUCGACCCUUUGAUCCCCACGAUUUGUGGUGCGAAGAGUGCAAUAACGCCCACCCCUCCGUGUGCCCAAAGCAUGGCCCUCUGCAUCCCAUUCCCAACCGCCCAGUCCUCACCAGGGCCCGGGCCAGCCUCCCGCUGGUGCUCUACAUAGAUCGGUUCCUGGGCGGAGUGUUCUCCAAACGACGCAUUCCCAAGCGCACCCAGUUUGGGCCCGUGGAGGGGCCCCUAGUUCGGCAGGCUGAAUUGAAGGAUUGCUAUAUCCACCUCAAGGUGGCCCUUGAGAAGGGUGAAAGGAAAGACAGGAGUCAACAUGAAGACCUUUGGUUUGAGCUCUCCGAUGAAGCACUUUGUAACUGGAUGAUGUUUGUACGUCCGGCCCAGAAUCACUUGGAGCAGAAUCUGGUGGCUUACCAAUAUGGUCACCACGUUUACUUCACAACGAUAAAAAACGUAGAGCCCAAACAAGAACUCAAGGUGUGGUAUGCUGCCUCUUAUGCCGAGUUUGUGAAUCAGAAGAUCCACGACAUCUCUGAGGAAGAAAGGAAAGUUCUCCGAGAACAAGAGAAGAACUGGCCAUGUUACGAAUGCAACCGUCGAUUCAUAAGCUCUGAACAGCUGCAGCAGCACCUCAACUCUCAUGACGAGAAGCUGGACUUCUUUAGCAGAGCCAGAGGCAGAGGCAGGGGGCGAGGUAAGAGGAGAUUUGGGCCGGGAAGGCGGCCCGGACGUCCCCCCAAAUUCAUGCACGUAGAAGUGACCAGUGAGAAUGGGGAGAAAUGUGAAGAAGGGAUGCAGGACCUGCUGCCGUUUCCCAGCAAGGUCCAGUUUGAUGAACCGGCCGGGGAGGCGCCGUUGAAUGGGCUGGACCAGCAGGAGCAGACCCCCGGCCCGAUCCCUCAGCUGCCGUCGGAGGCUCAGCCGGCACCGGACCACCAGCCCGAGACCUUGCCCCUCCACCUGCCGCCGCCCCCGCCGCCACAGCCCGAGGAGAUCGUGGUGUCCACCCACAGCACCAUAACGGCGGAUGACAUGCGGCGAGCCAAGCGCAUCAGGUUGGAGCUGCAGAACGCGGCUCUUCAGCAUCUUUUUAUCCGGAAAUCCUUCCGGCCCUUUAAAUGCCUGCAGUGUGGGAAGGCAUUCCGGGAAAAGGAUAAGCUGGACCAACAUUUACGCUUCCACGGGCGAGAGGGGAACUGCCCCUUGACCUGCGACAUCUGCAACAAAGGUUUCAUCAGCAGUACGGCCCUGGAGAGUCACAUGAAGUUCCACUCGGACCAGAAGACCUAUUCUUGCAUCUUCUGUCCCGAGUCCUUCGACCGCCUGGACCUUCUGAAAGACCAUGUGGCCAUUCACGUCAACGAUGGCUACUUCACGUGCCCGACGUGUAAAAAGCGCUUUCCGGAUUUUAUCCAGGUGAAGAAGCACGUGCGCAGCUUCCACUCGGAGAAGAUUUACCAGUGUACGGAGUGCGACAAGGCCUUCUGUCGCCCGGACAAAUUGCGGCUCCAUAUGCUCAGACACUCAGACCGCAAGGACUUCCUGUGCUCCACCUGUGGGAAGCAAUUUAAGCGGAAAGACAAGUUGAGGGAACACAUGCAGAGAAUGCACAACCCGGAGAGGGAGGCCAAGAAAGCCGACCGCAUCAGCCGCUCCAAAACCUUCAAGCCUCGCAUCGCAUCCACUGACUAUGAGAGCUUCAUGUUUAAGUGCCGUCUGUGCAUGAUGGGCUUCCGGAGGCGAGGCAUGCUGGUGAACCAUUUAUCAAAGCGACAUCCAGACAUGAAGAUAGAGGAAGUGCCGGAGUUAACUCUGCCCAUCAUCAAACCUAACCGCGAUUACUUCUGUCAGUACUGCGAUAAGGUUUACAAAAGCGCCAGCAAGCGCAAAGCCCACAUCCUCAAGAACCACCCGGGAGCGGAACUGCCCCCGAGCAUCCGGAAGCUGCGUCCAGCCGGCCCCGGGGAGCCAGACCCCAUGCUGAGCACGCACACGCAGCUGACCGGCACGAUAGCCACCCCUCCCGUCUGCUGCCCUCACUGCUCCAAACAGUACAGUAGCAAGACCAAGAUGGUGCAGCACAUUCGCAAGAAGCACCCCGAGUUCGCCCAGGUCUCCAACACGGUCCACCCCCCGUUGACGACGGCCGUAAUCAGUGCCACACCAGCUGUUCUAACCACAGAUAAUGCCACCGGAGAGACCGUGGUGACGACAGAUCUGCUCACCCAAGCCAUGACGGAGCUGUCCCAGACCCUGACGACGGACUACCGAACUCCUCAGGGGGACUACCAGAGGAUCCAGUAUAUCCCCGUUUCACAAUCCACAACCGGUCUGCAGCCACCUCAGCAUAUACAACUACAAGUCGUUCAGGUGGCCCAGGCCACCUCACCCCACCAGGCCCAGCAUUCCACGGUGGACGUCGGUCAACUCCACGAUCCCCAGACGUACACCCAACACGCCAUUCAAGUGCAGCAUAUCCAGGUCGCUGAGCCUACUGCUCCGGCACCAACUUCUGCCCAGGUGGCCGGUCCCCCGUUGAGCCCCUCCGCCCAGCAGACUCAGCAGGGGCUCAGUCCCACCCAAAUGCAAACUAACGCUUCCACACAAGGCCAGACUCUUCAGCAACAGCAGCAGGGCUCCUCAGUACAACACACAUAUCUACCAAGCACCUGGAACCCCUACCGGAACUACACACCCGAGAUUCAGAUGAUGACUAUUCCCCAAGGUCAGUACGUGAUUGCAGAAACUGCUGUAGCGACUCCUGUCACCACUGUGAACACCGGCCAAGUUAAAGCGGUCACUCAGACUCAUUAUGUGAUAUCAGAAGGGCAGCCAGACUUGGAAGAAAAGCAAGCCUCUGCUCUCUCCAGUGGGGUUCAGGUGGGCGUGUCCCAGCCACCUGCUCAUACCGAUGCCCUGGAGCCCCAGACGACCAACCCCCAGCAGACCACGCAAUACAUCAUUACUACAACCACCAACGGGAAUGGCAGCAGUGAAGUGCACAUCACGAAACCAUAACCUCAGAGUUGGAGUAAAGUCAUCUCGGUGUGUCUGACCAUCUCCCACCAAAUCCCAGCCCCUGGAACUCGUUAAUUUAUUAUUCACCCAAGAGCUCGAGACCUCCAUUCAUGAAGCUGUCGAUCAACAGUGCAUUUUACAGCUGUGGUCAUCAAAGCUGAACUCAACUGGAUUCAGUUCUCCUAGCCGUCGAGAAGUACUGUCGUGUUAUCUGGCUGUUUUAGGGCCAAGGAGCAUUGCAGUAGGAGAAAAAGCCCAGAAACCUGGACUUGCUGUAGUUUUGAUUCAUCAGAUGAGCCUUACUUUUUCCUUUGAAGAAGUACCUAGAGAGAGUUCAUUGCGUUUGUACCAAAGGUGGGAAAAAGAUUUGCCAAGUUAGCAGUCACUGGCUGAACAUGCCCUAUAAAUUCCCAACAUUUACACUUAAAACACUAUUCUGACCGCCCCAUGGGACAGCUUCCUUGCAUGACUUUAAGUUCUUCAAAUGGGAGGGGAGGGCCCACAUUGAGCCACAAAAGCCAAACGAUGACCAAAUGCCGACCACCUCGAGGGUCGGGAGGAAGGGGCGUUGAAGAGACUGUGAACACACUGCCUUUAAAUUAUUCUUCUCUUGGGGUCUUUCCUCUGGAAAUAGUUUUUGAGCAACGCUCACCUCGGAUAGAAUCAUCUUCAGAGAACCGAUGUUUUCUGUAGUCCGUACUGGUGACUCUGAAUCUCUCCUGAAUCUGAGCAGAGGAGUUUAGAAAGAGGCAAGGUCCAGUGGGAGCAGCGGUAACUUUUUAAUUCACCGACAGACUGUGGUUCCUCGCAUUUGACAACAGUUAGGAUUGGAAGGGAGAGGGAAUGGAGGAGGAGGAGCAGACCGCUAAUUUUUACUUGCUAAUUUGAAAGUAAAAAGGCUCUUGAAACCUCUAGUGCUUUCAGUUCAGUCACGGUUCACUUUUGGGUCACCGAUGGCGGGUGGACACCAUCUGCCUUCAUCCAGAUGGGUAUCCCCUAACCGCUCUCAGAGACACAGUUCAAUGUGGGGGUUUUUUGGUUUUGUUUGGUUGCCUUAAAACAAAAUAUAUUCAUGAAGGUUAGUUGGAAAGUUGGCCCGUCCAAAUUUCCCUCAUGUUUUUAACUCGACACCCUGAAAUUCUCUUGGACCUCUUAAUAAAAUGACCAAUAUUAGACUCAGGAAAUAUAGAAAACACCAGGGGACCACUACUAAUAGACUCAAAGCAAUUCCUUGAGAUUACUCGAUCUAGGAGAAUUGGUUUUUGUUCAGAGAUUCCGAUACGAUGUAGGGCCUGAGAGAUUUUUUUUUAAAUAUCUACUUCGUGGGGGCUAUUUUUCCUCACGUUUGCUAUUCUUCGGGGGUCUUAUUCUGGGUUUGAAUGGACUUUGCAAUUCAUGGGGAGAAGAGAUUUUCUGACUUCCCAACAGCUGCUCCAGAAAUAAAAAGUUGUGACCUGAUCAGACCACUGGGACCCAGCUACUAACGAAUUAAAAUUUUAGUUGAUUAACUCUCCCAAGGUAGAAAAACCUCUCAUUUUCUACAAAAAGGAAUUUCCAACUUAAGCAGAAAUAUUGAAGUUGUAGGAUGAUGAAAUGCCUGUGACUUGAUAGACAAGUCAAAAAGUAUAGUUGUUUUUUUUUAGGAGACAUAGUUAAUUUGCUUGAAACAAAUUUCUGCAUGCCACCAAAACUCUUAUAUAUUGAUCAAUUAGGUAAUAUUUUUAAAACUGUUUCUACCUAAAUGUAGACAUUAAUUCACUGAAGGUUUGAAGCAGUGGCUGGAAUCCAGAGUAACUGGAGAAGCUGACAGUGUGAGACAUCUAGGUUAACAGAUUUGGCAAUCCUGGGUUUUUUCAGAUGGAAAUAUUAGGCACAUGGAUGACUAUAAACUGGUUCAAGUUCAUACAAAUGCAGUGAUCUUGAAAAUAUGCCGAUAUCUUCUUUAGAAAGAUUAAUGCCUGAAAGUUGUGGAAUUUUAAAGAGGUCCAAUUUUUAUUUUGAUAAUUGCAGGUCCAUCUCUUUCGUCUGAUAAAUUGUUCCACGGGGAUAUUUUUCUCUUUUUUUUUACUAAAUGUAAUAUUCAUUUGUUCAAAUGGAAAACGAUUAAUGAUUGGAAUAUUUGUCCUGUGCUCAUGAAUUUGAGUUAAACCAGGCAUUGUUGUAGUCACUGUGUCAAAGUUCUCGGCCUGUCUGUCUUCCCAAGAUGCCCCUUCUUUUGUGGCAUCACAGAAGAACCUAGGACCCUGGAGCUGAAUUUUAAAUUUUCAAAUAAGGGAUGCAGGUGACAAUGACGACAUUCAUAUAGUUAAAACCAAGCAUUUUGCAUAUCAUCCCAAGGCAUUGGAUUCUUGAGGUGACCUGGUCUUGAGGAAGAUAACGUGAAAACCCUAUUUAGCCAAGCAAUAUGGCCAGUGUUUGUGUUGCAGCCCAUGGUUAUCAGACGUGGACACUGUUAGACCUCUGACCUGCAGAAGAUAAAGAUUUUUGCAGUAGGCCGCAUUGGGUUCGGGCUGUUUUCUCUGUUGAAUGGGGCUCACAAACAUAGCCAUUUUCCUUUACUAAAAACACUCUCCUACCACAGUAACUGUGGUAAACUGGACCUCCUUCGUGCUUUGUCGAACCAGAGUCUCACCAGUGAGGUGGGAGAAAGGGGCUCUAAAUUAUUGUCACCUGCAUCCAGGGACCUUGAGGCUCUCAUAAAAAGGAUCAUCUUCCCAAGAAUUUGCUAAAGCAGCUAGGGCUAAAAUCUGAAGCUGACCUCCUAGCUGCAACAUUUUGACCAUGUUGUUUUAUUUAAGCGUGUAUGUUUAUUGUACAUUCAGUGAGUUAUAGUGUUAAUAGUCUUGUGCUACCCAACAGGUGUAAAAAAUUAAUAAAUAUUUUCUUUUUUUAAUAAUGAA